AAAAUAACUCCUUAGGUAGACUGGGGGCUUAUUAUUUAAAGCAGAAAUUAAACGGACAGAAAGGGAUGUACAGUUCAUCCUGAAAAGUCUUCACUUCAUAUCUGUUUAUUCCACAGAAUAUCAGAAUGAAGCAUUUUAAGUAUAUCUUUAUUGCUGUGCUUCUCAUCAUCAUUGAGCAAUGCAAGGCCCAGUCCUGUGUCGUAGAUUCGAUGAAAGUGAAGGAUGACUUUGACAUCAAAAGGUAUGGAGGAAAAUGGUAUGCUAUUGGGAAAAAAGACCCAGAAGGCCUCUUUCUUCAGGACAACAUCUCUGCUGACUACACAGUAGAUGAAGAUGGCACAAUGACUGCAUCAUCUAAAGGAAGAGUUAAACUUUUUGGGUUCUGGCUCAUCUGUGCAGAUAUGGCUGCUCAGUACUCAAUACCAGACCCAACCAUACCAGCUAAAAUGUAUAUGACCUACCAGGGGCUGGCUAGCUACUUAUCAAGUGGAGGGGACAACUACUGGGUUAUUGACACAGACUAUGAUAACUACGCAGUUACAUAUGCCUGUCGCACUCUUAAAGAGGAUGGAACAUGUAAUGAUGGCUAUUCCAUAAUUUUCUCACGCAAUCCACGUGGAUUUUCACCUGCUAUUACAAGACUCGUACGCCAGAAACAAGAAGAAAUUUGCAUGGCAGGACAAUUUCAACCUGUUCUCCAAUCUGGAGCUUGCUAAAUUAUCUGUUUUCCAAGAUAACUUUCCAUUUGAAUAUGGAACUGGCACAUCCUGAGGGACCACAGCUUAAAGAAAUGCACAACUUUUGUUUUUAAUUUUAAUUUUUUAUUUCUUGGUGCAAUUACAUGUUUUAAAUAUCAUAAUUUUAGGAACUGUUGAAUUGUGUGUAAUGUAACUAAUGUAAUAGUUUUCCAAGUUGUCAUGAAUGUUUUUCAUAAGAUUUAAGAUCAGCUCAUUUUGUUAAUCUCUAGAUCAGACUAUAAUUUUUGUAAUCUUGUUGCAUCAACUUUACAUUGUUAUUUUUUAAGUCUUAAUAAAAAUGCUGUUCCAGAA